GGGGUCCUUCUCUAAGCGCGGCGCACAACAUGGCGGCGCCCUUGCUGAGCGCGGCUCUUCGUGGGGCCCGCGGCGGGCGGAGCUUCGGAACGGCCGCUGUGCUCUGGAAGAGGGCAGCCCCUCUGGGGCCCAUGCCCAACGAGGAUGUGGACGUGGCGAGGCUGGAGGAGCUGCAGCGGUACCGGAGCUUCACGCGGUACCUGCGGCAGGCGGAGCGGGCGGGCCGGGAGCCGCGCUGGUGGAACACCUACCGCAAACACAGCGACCCCCCUGCAGAGCCCCAGCCAGACAUUGGCCUGCCCCGUGAGAGGCUGUCCCGGGCAGAGGAGCUCAAGGAAAGGAAGAGGAUCCUGAGGGAGAACCGCCGCAAUGCUGAGAUGGAGCGGGCGGCGCGGCUCCGCACCGUGCUCAUUCCCCUCGACGAGGUCAGGGCUGAGUGGGAGAGGACCAGCGGCCCGUUCCACAAGCAGCGCGUGGCCAAGCACUGCGGGCUGUUCCGGGACCUGUUCAAGGGGGCCACCUUCACCCCCUGGGUGGCCCUGAGGGUGCACUACAGCCAGGAGGACGAGUACCUCGUGCCAGUCUACUAUGGGAACAUGGUGACUCCAUCAGAGGCUUCCAGUCCCCCUGAAGUGUCAUAUGAGGCAGACAAAGGCUCCCUCUGGACCUUGUUGCUCACAAAUCCAGAUGGACAUUUGAGGGAUGCAGACUCGGAGUACCUCCACUGGCUGGUGACAAACAUCCCAGGCAGUGACAUCAAGGCUGGUAAGGAGAUGUGCCACUACCUGCCCCCCUUCCCUGCCAUGGGGACAGGCUACCACCGCUUCAUCUUCCUGCUCUUCAAGCAACACGGUCCCAUCGACUUCAGCCAGGACGCUCGGCCCACGCCCUGCUACAGCCUGAAGAUGAGAACCUUCAGCACGUUUGACUUCUACAGAAAGCAUAAGGAUGCCAUGACCCCGGCAGGGCUGGCAUUUUUCCAGUGUCAGUGGGACAGCUCUGUCACUUCCACCUUCCAUCAGCUGCUCAACAUGAGGGAGCCGGUGUUCGAGUUCGUGCGGCCGCCGCCGUUCCACCCUCCGCAGGUGAAGUUCCCUCGGCACCAGCCCCUGAGGUACCUGGACAGGUACCGGGACACACAGGAGCCCACCUAUGGCAUCUACUAGGAGCUGUCCCCUCUGUGUCCCUGGGAUGCUGCCUCCUGGAUUUCCUGGGCUCCCCUCACUGCCUCAGGAGGGAAAUGGCAAAGUCGCAGCUCCCAGUUCCCCUGGGUGCUCUCAGGGCUGGCAGACAAGAACAUUCUUGUGAAGAAUAUAACAAGAACAUUCAAAGUGAAUCCAUAGCCAGGCUGAAACCUUGCUCCUGAUUCUGCAGCAGAGCUGGCAAUGACUGGGCAGGCUGCAUCUCCCCAGAGAUGCUCUGCCUUGCUUCCCUGCAAGGAUCACAGUUUUCCUUUUGCCUGUUUAUGGAGCAAACAGAGCCAGGCCAGCCUGGAUUUCCACCUCUCACAGUGCUGUGGUUCUGGACUGUGUCGGAUUUUAUUUGUGCAGUCCUCCUGGAGAGAUGAGUCUGAUUAAACAGUCUCUGAGCAGUG